AUACAACAAAAUCAUUCGCAUAUGUGCCUUUAACCAUACAUAAAUUGACAAAUAUUUUCUCGGUUUAAAUUCUUGCACAAUAGAUCUGAGAACCUCCUUUUAGAUUUCAAAUAACUCUUAUAAAAAUAUCCAAAUCAUAUCACAGAAUCUCUUAUACAAAUAAACAAGUACGGUGAUGGUUUAUAUAUUUAUUUAUUAUUUGCAUAAUACUUGAGGGGUUUUGGAUGUUGCCAAGAAAAUCUUGGCUUCCUUAUCCGGGUAUUUUGACCCCAGUGGCUGCUAUUGGCCUGAGCCGAGUCUCGUGAUCAAAGAAACUUUGCAGGCUCCGCUUCAGUGCUGGGAGGGGUGGGCUUUUAUAGAGCAGUAAAACGACACAAAGAAGGAAAAUUUAUUUCUUCCCCCUCCCUAAAUUAAUGAUCAUGAGCUCGUAUUUGAUGAACUCGAACUACAUCGAUCCUAAAUUUCCUCCGUGCGAAGAAUAUUCGCAAAAUGACUACAUCAGUGCUGAAUGUUACAGACGCGCCCGGGACGCCGACUACCACCAGCAGGAGUUGUUAUAUCCUCAAAGUGUCACCUACCAAGAGGGCAAAUAUGAGUGUGAAAGCAUUCCCGAGCACGGGGGGCAUUUACAUGGGGCAAAAGCAUACACACCUCCGACUGCUGCCCCUGCCACCCCGACAACUGCCCCUGAACUGCCCUCCGACAGCAAAGAGCCUGUGGUGUAUCCCUGGAUGAGGAAAAUCCACUCCAGUGCAGCGAACUCGUAUGGUUCAGAGACCAAGCGUUCCCGCACCGCUUACACCCGCCAGCAGAUCCUGGAGCUGGAGAAGGAGUUUCACUACAGCAGAUAUUUAACCAGGAGGAGAAGAAUCGAGAUCGCCAACACGCUGUGCCUGAAUGAGAGGCAGAUUAAAAUCUGGUUUCAGAACCGCAGGAUGAAAUGGAAGAAAGAUCACAGGUUACCCAACACCAAAGUCCGACCUUCAUCCUCCUCCUCUUCUUCCUCUUCUUCUUCGUCUUCGUCUUCAAACAGUGCAGCGCAAGACCAGGACAUCAAAAAAAACUUAGACUAAAAGAGAGAUUUCAUGGACACCAGUACGCUAUACAACAUUUUAUCGCCUUAGUUUAAACAGAAUUAGAUGUUUAUUUAUUUAUUACUUGUGUUUACAAUUAAAAUCCAUUCAAUCUAGCCAAAUCGUAAGUAUUUCUUUCGUUUUUUUAUGUUAAUAUUUGAACGGCACAUAUUCUGUCGCCGUCCAUUUGCAUCUUGCACAUUUUUAUUUAUUUAUGCAAUUAAUUUAUCUGAUAUUUAUUAAUUAUUAUUAAUGUAAUAAGUCUAAAGGUUUUAGCUUGCUAUAAUAUACUGCACUUCCAGAAUGACAAAAUAAAUGACAUUAUUUUUUUUGUGUUUGUGAUGCCCGCUGAAUAUUAGAUGGUGGUUUUAACUUAAUGUAAAGUGGACAUUGUGUUA